UUGAAAAAUUGGUGUCGCGGGUCGGACGCAGCUUUGUUUACCUUUUUUCCCCCCACGGGUACCGCGAGGCUUUGCGACACACAAAAUCUGCUUGGUCCGCGAAAACGGCUCCCCUCGCUGCCCCUCCGCAGAAGGAAUGGACAGUAAUUCCGCUUUCCCGUUCCUUUGUGUGCACGCAGUAAGGUACCCGGCACGGAGUAAGAACCAAUAAUGGUGCUGCCAACACCGUACAAGCCAUCUUUGCCGCCCGCUCCAGCAAACCUGCCGAACGAAAGGAUGCAAAAAAUCGAUCGUAAUAUCGUGUACCAGCUAGACAACCGUGAGCGGGGCUAUCGAACGCGCAAGAUUCGACGGAAUGCGACGGCAAUGUCGGCCACCCCGGCCAUCAUCAGCGCCGGAUGCGGCGAGCAGACGUUUCACCAGCUUGCGAUUGAAGUGGCCGAGCAGGUGGUGCUUAACAGGCUGCGCACGGAAGAUCUUUGUAAGCCCAUCAACGAUUUGGCCAGUGAAACGGAAUCCGUUUUCAACAUCGAACAAAGCCAUAACGGACUGCUCACUGCCACCGUACAGACCAAUCGAAGCGUCAAUGUGUUUCAAACGGCAUCGUUGCAGAAAGUUGUCAAAUAUCCCACAGGCGACCGGUCCGUGUGGACGUUGGCUUUUCAUCCAACGAACGACCAAAUCAUCGCGUUCGGUACGCUUGGCGGUACGGUCCUGGUGUACGUGGACAACCAUCUCGUUGGCACGCUGAACGAGCCGGAACCGAUCGGAUCGCUUUGCUUUCAUCCGACGGAAAACUAUCUGCUGCUCACCAGCAUGAACGAGGUGAUCUUUUGGGACUGGAAGAACGACAAAACGUACACGACGGGAAUGUACAGCGAUUGCAAGUGUCGCUUCCUGCACGUGACGCAGGAUCUGCGGCUGAUUACUGGCAUUUCGCAAACGCAAACGCACGUGAUGGCGGGCAUCGGCAAGAACGUGGAGGAGGUUGAGCCGGAGUAUCUGAUGGUGUCGUUCCUGCGCAGCCUUAGCUUGAUGUUGGACAAGCUCGAGCUGACGCUGUCGACGCAGGUCGACCAUCUGCUGCAGCUGGAAAUGAGCAAGCAGUGCCUUAUCUGGAUACAUCUGCUGCAAACCAUCAACCAGAAGCGGGAGCAGGUGCGCUGCAGUCCGACCGUCGGUCCGGCGGACAAAUGCACGAAAUCGAAUCUAAAUCUGACGCUCAUGUCAUUGAUUCGCAAGAUCGACGCACUGGAGGAAGGACUGCUAACGCGAAAUCGGUACAGCAACACGAUGUGUAUUUCGACCGAGAUCAGCCAAAGAUUGUGGUCGCCGGGCACGGUACUGUUCACGCAACCGCUAAGCUACUUCAGAAAGAUAUGCCAAAACUACAUAUGCCAAGGCCAUAGGAGCUAUAUCAAGUAUGUGUUUGAUCUCAGCCUGUUAGGCGAACUGCUGCGCAAAGUGUGCCGCAUGCUGUAUACGCUUGCUCCCUCCGAACUGCCCGAUACGUGGGAUCACAUUUCUCAGAUGUGCGGAAUGCCCCGAUCGCCGGAGAAGCAUUGCGUGCUGCAGGCUUGGGAUUUGGAUUCGUUCCACGGCGAUGUGGACGAUCUGCCCGACUUCAAGGAAGACUGGAAAAAUGUGAUAACUAUCUGUCUGAUCAACAACGAUUCGAACGUUGCUAUCUCACAGUGCGAACAGUAUGUCGCUUCCGUCCGGUUUCGAUCCGUCAAAGAGAUGGAAAUAAGAAGCCUUCGGCGCGAUAACUUUGGCGAAUCGAUCUUUGUGUUCAAGUUCACCGCCAAUUUUGUAUCGCUGUCGUUCUCACCUUCCGGCCGGUACGUCGCCGUUGGGUUGCGGUGCCGCCGAAAUCUCAAGUACGCCUACAUUCUCGACAAAGACAAACGCUGGAGGAUAGGCGUCAACUUGGGCCUUCCGGACGAUUCGAGCUCCAGCUCCGAGGCGGGCACAGUGUCACAGAAUGAGCGGGUAGGAAUAAAGCUGUGUCUACCGCGCGAUCCAGAUAAGUAUCUGGAGAUUAACUGCAUCAAAUGGGCAUCGCUGCCCGGGUAUGGGCUGCUGCUCGGGCUGAAGUCGAAGUUCGUUCAAGUCUGCCGGUAGUGUUCCUGCCCCUGGCAACGGUAGCGCAAGGUGGAAAUCAUACAACUCUAAACAAUAACCUCCUACUAUUACGAUGCACUCGUAUGAUACUCAGCACUGGUCGCCGAUCAGCGCUCUAGCAACCAAAACACAAAGAUAUAAACCAUUUUUCACGAUAUAUUAAUGUAAAUGUAAAAUAAACAUAUAUGCUUCGGAAUCGGAGAUGUCUACAAUCCGGUCGGUGCUGGUGGAAACGGCUCUAAA